GGUUAGGAAAUUAUAACCUCAAUUUAGGUUAGGUAUUUUAACCAUAAGUAAUGGGGUAAUUGUGUGUUACCGAAAAACACGCAAAAAUGGGUUUGUGCAGAUUUUUAUCCCCCUCGUAUUUAACCCGAAAAUCAACAGUUCAACGCUCCUGCAGUUUUCAAAAUUUAAAGAAACCCCCUUGGAAGGUGCUGUUCUUUGGGACCGACGAUUUUUCAAUUUUUAGCUUGGAAUCUUUAACAAAACAGUACAGGAAAGGAACGUUAAUAAAUCGACUAGAAGUCGUCACCACUGUAAAAGGUAAACCAAACAGUGUGAACGUGUUCUCGAAGCAAAACAAUUUAAAACUACACAAGUGGCCACCAAAUAUCACUUAUGGGCAGUUUGACGUAGGUUUGGUGGUUUCAUUUGGGCACCUAAUUCCAAGGACUGUUAUAGAAAAAUUUGAAUUUGGUAUGUUAAAUGUUCACGCCAGUUUGUUACCGCGGUGGCGGGGUGCAGCCCCCAUUAUCUAUGCAAUUGCCAAUGGGGACACCCAAACAGGAAUCACAAUAAUGAAAAUAAGCCCUGAGAAGUUUGAUGUGGGGGAAAUAGUUCAUCAGGAGUGUGUUCAAAUUCAUGCUGACAUGAAAAUGAAACAACUAUACACAACACUGGGUAAAAUUGGAGCAGAAAAUUUAGUCAAAACUCUUGAAUCUUUACCCUCAAGUUUGAGUCAAGCCAAACCUCAACCUUCCACAGGAGUCACUUAUGCCCCAAAAAUUAGCCCACAACUCUCACAUAUAAAGUGGGAAAAAAUGACGUCUCAAGAAAUAUAUAACUUAGCGCGUGCUCUAGACGGUAUUUUCCACGUUCAAACAACAUGGAGUGGAACACUAGUUAAAUUAAUAAAUAUAGAAAAAGCGGAAAAUGACAUUAAUGAAAAUGAAAAUUCUCAGCCUGGACGUGUCCACUACGAUAAACAAAACAAAGUAUUGAGGAUUUUAUGUUGUGACAACCAGUUCAUCACAGUAGAAAAAGUGGGUGUAGUUGGUAAAAAAAUUAUGACCUCUGUAGACUUCAACAACGGCUAUAUUAAAAAAGAGCCGCCUGAUUGUAGAUGUUUUAAAUAAAUAAUAAAUUCAAAUAAA